GUAUGUUUGUCAAAAAAGAAGACAUUAUAUGGAACCAGUUAAUGGUGUAGUAUGUUGCUUGGUUACCGACAAAAAGAGAGAUCACACUUUGAGAGCAGCCGCCCACAGUGCACAGGUGUGGCCAGUUGAAAACAGACAUGUUAUCUGGUAAGGAAACAGAAAAUACUGCGCUGUCGUCAGAGCUUGUGUUCAAAUGUGUGCCACUUGCUGCACAAGGACAAGUAUUACUUUGUUUUCUUUUCCAGUCGGGCAACUCUUGACGAUGCCCUUUAACCUUUAGUGUAACCUCGUUUUCUACCGACUUCACACUUCUAAAUUUGGAUCCAAAAAAAUGUGAAAAGCAUAGGAUGUGGCAGGAAACUGUACUAGAUUCGUAUUACCCACUUAUGUACAUGUACAUGUAGUAAUUUGAGACAUUGUAUUGACGAUUAUUUUGGUUUAUCUGUCAUUUAAAGCAGAAGGAAGGAAUAUACAAACUGUGUGUCUGUCUGCUGUGACUGGCAGGAAAACCCACAGAAAAGCGGAAAUGAUGCAACUGUUUGUCUUCUAACUUGGAUGUACUACUGUCUACUGUCACAGCUGCAUUUAAAGAUCGGUUAGUCUCAUGAACAAGAGUACAGCUCAGUUGAUGACUAUGUGCACGAACAACACUAACAUUACCACCAACGCUUCCUGCCAUGUGGACCUCCUUCAGGGUUUGGCCUACAGUGCCUUGUUUCUUCUGGGUGUACUCGUCAAUGCGGCAGCUCUGCAUGCCUUCAUUGCAAAGCGAGAUUCCUGGACAGACACACACAUCUACAUGUUCAACCUGGCUGUCGCCGAUUUUGCCUUCAUCCUCUUCCUUCCCUUCAGGAUCUACGAUGCCUUCUUCUGCCUACCAAAGACAACCUUUUGCACUUUCCUCAUGUACAUGCAUUUCAUUAACAUGUACGCCAGCAUCAUGACCAUGACCGCCAUCAGCGUCCAGCGCUACCUGGUUAUAAGGUUCCCUCUGCAGGCCAGAUUUUGGAGGAAGAAGAAGGCGGCGGCCUUUGUUGUUUGUCUGUUUAUCUGGGCAACUCUCCUGAUGAUAUGUGCCAUAUUCCGGAAGGAGAAUUACCCCGAGAAUCUCUGGACGUGUUAUGAAAGAUGCAAAGAUCAACCGCUUAAAGGACAAUUUAUUGGGAUUCUGAUCUGCUUGGGCUUCCUCACUCCACUGGUCAUCAUUGUCUUCUGCUCCAGUCAGAUCAUCUGUAUUCUGACAAAGACAGAUAACAAAUCAGAGCAGAGGAAAAGCAUAGUUUAUAUCGUAACAGCAAACAUGAUUGUGUUCACCGUCUGCUACACGCCAAUACAUGUUGCCUUCCUGGUUAACUACCUGUACACUCCGCCUCCAAACUGGCAGUCCGUAUCUGUGCCUCCACAUGUGUAUUUACUUGUGUCUGAAUGGAUUGCUGCUACAAACUGCUGUUUUGAUUCUAUUAGCUACUAUUUCUUACUGAAACGAUUUUAUUCAUAAAUCUAAUCCCCCCCCAUA